AUGGCCGGUCCUGACGCCGCUCAAUUUCUGGUCGUACAACUCCUCUCCAUCUUCUCUCGAACAUGGGCAUCAUCCCGCAUGGCUACAUGUCGUUGUGAAUCUACCAAUGAUACAUCUCUGUACAUGAUUGUUACCUCGUUGGCAAUCCUCUCGGCACUCCCACACCAGGAACCGCGCUUUUUGGUUCCUUUAGUGGUCCCUUCAAUUGUGCUCGUGGUACUGGAUGGCCGCAUUCAGCGUGCGGGUAACUUGUUCUGGGUAUCGUGGAUUAUCACCAAUCUUGCGCUCGUACUGCUAUUCGGUAUCCUGCACCAAGGCGGAGUUGUCCCCUCUCUCUUCCACUUGCAUGACGUUAUCGGAAAGCUGUGGGCAUCAUCGCAAGGCGACAAGAUAGUCAAGGUAUUCUACUGGAAGACAUACAUGCCUCCACGGCAUCUCUUAGCAAUCCCAGAAUCAGAUGUCCUCUCUGGCAAAUUCACCAUUACUGAUCUCAGCGGCGCAGGGGCAAUUGUCGAGCAACUGAUGGCCGUUCCCUCGACUGCAACUUCAUUCUUGGUAGCUCCACUGCACGCCACGCGAGCCUUGACUAAGAAGUAUCCUGGCUGUGUCAUGCUUAAAGAACGAGUGUAUCCGCACCUUAGUCUCGACCAUAUCUCGGAGACGGUCGAAGCGGGAUGGAAGGACGGUCUGAGUCUCGGGAUCUAUGUUGUUGAUGCUGUCUGCUUUCGAUUGCACAAGACUCUAUCGUCAUGA